UAAUGGCGACGGCUUAUCCGAGUCAAGAAAGUCGCCCCCUAAAAAAGCCAAGAUUAGGACCUCCCGGCGUAUAUCCGCAGGAACCAAAGCAAAAAGAAGAUGACUUGAGUGGAGUCAACGUCAAGUGCGGCUUCAACAGCAGCCAGAGCUUCGACGAGUAUGGCUCGGCACGCUCUUCAAACAUCGCCCAGUCGCAGGCCAAGGUUGGCGCAUAUCUCAGCUCAAUCAUCGCCAAAAAGACCGAACUCAACACAGCGCAAGACGUCAGCAAGAAGAAGCUUCAGAUUAACACUAAGGAUAACUUCUGGCCGGUCACUCCAAGAACGAAAAGUAAUCUUGAAGCUUGGUUCCACGAUCUUGCUGGAAACAAGGUGCUGAAGAAAGUCCCUAUCUUCAACAAAAAGGAAGAGAUCUUCUCAACCCUGUGCCAAUAUGACGUGCCCAUGGUCCGUGCGACCUGGUUCAUCAAGAUGACAUCGGCCUAUACGAUCGCAAUGUCGGAAAAUAAAAUGAAGAAGCGGCAGAUAGUCGACCCUUCUCUUGAUUGGGCUCAGGCAUUGACGAAAUUCUUGAAGGAACAGCUACAAAAGAUAUCUGAGCAUUACGUGGGUUCCGGGUCCUCGGCGCAGACGAGCUUUCUCACCGCUACUCAAACCACGUCCCAGGACCUGUUGGACUUGUCUCUGCGACAGUGGAAGUAUUGUACGCAGUUGAUGCAGUACAUGUACAAGGAAUGGCUUCUCGACCGCCAAGAUGUCUUGACCUGGUUUGUGGACACACUUGACAAGCUGAAACACAACGAGGACAGUAUCCUCAAAAUCGUCCUGGUCCAGGUCCUCCAGUACGUCGAGGAGUUCACGCAGUCGCAUCUGCUGUCUCGAAGGCUGGCUCAUUUUUCCGCUAAGAAGUUGUCGUAUUUGUGCUGCGAGGCGACGUGUAACGUGUUAUCACCGAGGACAGAGUCGCCAAUGUUGCCUGCUAGCACGAAUGGCGCCAUCACUGCCAGUGGAGAAACUCCGCCGAUCCAGAACCCGCUCCUCGCCAUAUACAACGAGUACAACAACUGUUCCCAGCACCGCUCCGUCAUCCUCAACCUCAGUGCCAUCCUCCAGGCGUGCGUCCUACAGUGCCCUGGAGCCCUGGUCUGGCACAAUAUCGGCGAGGGGAAGAGUCACUCGGUGUGGAGCGGUUCGCCACUUGAUCUGUUGCCGAAUAGUCCAUCGAUGCUACCGAUGCCACCUGGAUCGAAAAAUCAACAGAUCCGUCAUCAGCUGCGGGCGGCUGAGUAUAUGAUUGCUCUGAGGAGCCGAGCGGUUGAGGUCAGAUGGUCAUGUGAUAAGUGGCAGCAGUCUUUGACAGGCCACACUAUGACACGGGUGCUAAGUGUGCUGGACACACUCGAUCGUCACAACUUUGAGAGAGCGGAGAGCAACAACUGUCUCGAUUCACUCUAUAAUAAGAUAUUUCAUCCACCGCAUAGUAAGGAUAGCGCAGACACGCAGCAUGUAGGUGACAAUCCCGUCAUCAUACUAUUGUGCGAAUGGGCGGUCUCAACGCAGCGAAUGGGCGAACACCGCUCAGUCGUCGUGGCGAAACUUCUCGAGAAGAGACAGAAUGAAUUGGCGGCAGAGAAAUUUGCCGAGACGGACGGGAUUGAUGAGAAAGAAUCGAUCAACUCUACCGCAGUUGAAGCGACUAUGUUGCCGAUAUUUCAAAGUCUUCUCAUGCAGUUUCUAGAUUCCAAGGCUCCACUUAUGGAAGAUGCUGCCAACCCAGAAAACAAGCGCGCCUUCUCCAAUUUGAUCCUACUUUUCUGCGAGCUGAUUCGCCACGAUGUCUUUUCCCAUGAUGCCUACAUCUCCACGCUCAUAUCUCGCGGCGAUUUAUUGUCGCCGGCGAUCACUGCGACUACGGAUCACAUGGGGUUGGACCUGAUGAGCGUCAAGAGCCACUGUGAGAGUGUGAAGCCGGAGCCAGUGGACAUUCAGGAUUACCAGAAUACCAGUGCCAAUAAGACUCAGGAAGACAUGAAAAUGGAGCUCGAGAAUCAAAUCUUUGAUCCGGAGUUUGAUUUCUUCGGUUCGUUCAAAGAGGAGGAGCCUACCUGUAAAACAAGUCCAGAGCAUCUCCAUCAACCGCCGGCCUCAGUCAAGAGUAUCAAGUCGGAGAAGGAGGCACCGGUCCUUGGUACCCCGGUGGCCCCACCCCCUACCACCGAAUCACCACAGAAGCGCCCGUCACGACAUCUGCAGUACGCGACACAUUUCCCUGUCCCACAGGAUGAUCUGUACAUCCACGAGUGCAAUCAGCGUAUGAUAAUCUUAUAUGGCGUCGGAAAGGCGCGGGACGACGCCCGCCAUAUCGCUAAACGAAUCACAAAGGAAAUCAUGAAGUUAUAUAGUAAAAAGAGCAGUUUGGACAUCAGUAGUGGCGAUAUUGCCAAAAGACAGAAGAAAAAAGAACGGGAAAAGGACAAAGAUAGUGACUCGUCUUCUGCGCAGAAUUUCGAAAGUACUUUCAAUAAGUUUCAGAAGUUGUCCUAUUACGACAUGCACGCCGUGACAUCGUUAUGUGCUAGUUCCGUUCUGGAAAUCAUUAACUCUUUCGUGACGGGUAGUUCGUUUUAUUUGCCGCUGGUGGAGAAUAUAUCGUAUUUAUUUGACUUGAUGGAAUAUUCUUUAAAUAUUAACGGACUUAUGGAUUUUGUGAUACAGUUGUUGAAGGAACUAAGUGAAGUGGAGGUUCAGCUGCUUCUGAAGGCGUCGUCCCUGUCUGGAAGCUACACGACAUCAUUGUGUCUGUGCAUCGUGGCUGUCCUCCGGCGGUACCAUGCGUAUCUGUUGGCCUCACAUGAACAAACCGCAUCUGCAUUUGAAGGGUUGUGUGGCGUUGUGAAGCACGUUGGCAACCCGUCAGACUGUACCUCAGCAGAGAGAUGUAUCUUAGCCUAUCUUUAUGAUCUGUAUACCUCUUGUAGCUACCUCAAGGCAAAAUUCUCUGAAAUCUUUGGCGGUGCUUGUGCCAAAGUGAAGCAGACUCUCUACGCGAGUAUCACGCCGUCUGCGUCCAAUCUACUCUGGGACCCCGCCUUCAUGAUUGACCUGAUCGACAACGCCAAGUCCCGGCCGGAUCCCGUACUAGUCAAACAGCUGAAUGAGAACCCUGCCAAUAGAUAUAGCUUUGUUUGUAAUGCUUUGCUGAAUAUCUGUAACGGCCAGGGAGUUGAAAGGUUGAACGAGAUAUCAAUUUUGUGCGCCGAGCUGACAGCAUGCUGUAACGCGCUCAGCUCCGAGUGGUUGGGCGUUCUCAAAGCUCUGUGCUGCUCUUCCAAUCAUAGCUGUGGUUUCAUUGAUGUUCUCACACAAGUUGAUGUUGGAGAUUUGUCGAUACACGAUUCCCUGGCAGUCUUCACAGCUAUCUUGAUCGCACGGCACUGCUUCUCCCUACAGGACUUGGUCGUACAUGUUGCCCUACAUUCCCUGCUAGCGGCCUGCCCAUCAGCUGGUGGGGACCAGGAUGCAGAGCCUGGGGCUAGGUUGACGUGUCACCUCCUUCUGCGGCUUUUCAAGACCGACCAAUCGGAUUCCACCUCACCAUUCCCGAACAUGAAAAAUAUGUGCAAUAUCAAGGCGUCUUGUGAUCGUCACCUCCUGGCCGCGGCUCACGAUAGUAUUACAGUUGGAGCUGUGUUAGCUGUUCUGAAGGCCAUCCUUGUCUUAGGUGAUUCAUGUGGGUCUGAGAGUCCAUCGAAGGUCCCCACUACGCCCAGUGAUAAAGGCGAGGAUGACAUCAUCAGUACGUUACUCAGUACACUAGACAAUGACAUCGCAAGGGACCCGAUGGGAUUUCCACAAACCAAGGCCAGCAAAGGAGGUAUCGAGAGUGCCGGCCUGAGUGACUUUGCGAAACACGCCUUGAAGGCCAUCUGCGCCCAGGACUGGGUCCGUGAGAAAUUCCUCAAGGAUCCUGAGAGUCUGUUCACGUCUGAUCUACUGUUGGACAACAUGCUCUCCCCAAGACAGACGCAGCAGUUGGUCCACCUGAUCUGUUACCCGAACGGCCUCCCAGGUCAUCAUCAUCAUCAUUAUGAUGAAGAUGAUGAGCCGGAACAGAAGGAUGUCAUCACGAGGAUACUCAAGAAUUUGAAUCAGUGGACACUGAGGGUAUCGUGGCUAGAACUUCAGCUGAUGUUCAAGCAGUCUUCCUCAAGUGACAUGAGUUGUUUACUUGAAGAUCUAGCCGAUUCUACCAUUGAGGUAUUCCAACAACAAACGGAUCCAAGGAACACAGCGUCUUGGGGUCCUUCUAGUCCACAGCCUGUCAGCAGACAAGAUCCAAUCUCCGAUCAGAGUGUCUGGCUGAUGGCUCCGCUGAUAGGCAAACUACCUAACACUGUACAGGGUCGUGUGUUGAAAGCGGCUGCCUCGGUGCUGGAGAGUGGCAACAGUUUCUGGUCAUCGAAGAAUAAGACGGAGAAGGAGAGGAAUCUGUUGAAGAGCACGUCACUGCUUGGCCAUCAGCCCUUCCUCUCCCUGGUGCUAAACUGUCUGAAAGGCCAAGACGAACAACGCGAGAAUCUCCUCAACUCGCUGCACAACCAGCUGGAGCAGUUCAUACAGAACGCCAAAGAGGAGAAGUAUCUUGAUGAUGCGAAGCUCAGACAGAUCAUGCAGGAGGCCUUGCAGCUCAGGCUAAGUUUGGUUGGUGGGAUGUUCGACACAAUCCAGAAGAGCAAUACCAACACGACUGACUGGUGCGUCCUCCUCUUUCAAAUGAUUGCGUACGGCGUCAUCGAUACCCAGUCAAACAGUGAGUUGUUCUUCACGAUCAUGGACAUGCUGUCGGUGCUGAUUCAUGGCACCCUGGUCAGUGAGGGGUCGGAGAAGGGCGAAGAAAAUAGGAAAUCUUAUAUGAAUCUUGUCAAGAAGUUGAAGAAAGAAUUUGGCGACCGACAUUCUGACGGUAUUGACCUUGCCCGCCAUAUACUGCCAUUCCCAAAGCGUCAAUACGAGGUGCUGGCAUUCGAAGCCCACGGAAGUCUGGUCGACACGAAGGGUAACAAAGUCAGUGGGUUCGACUCGAUUAGUCGAAAACAGGGUCUUCAGGUUUCGCUGAAGAAUAAAGUCAGUAGCUGGGACUUGUUGGAGGGGAAUAAGAACUCUGGGAUGUUGCCCCUGGCCUGGUUUGGUGCUGUUAAAUUGGAGAGGAAACCUCUGAAGUAUGAGGAUCAGCACAGAAUAUUGUUCUACCACACGCACUCGUUGAGGAAGGACCCUAGCUACUACCUGGAUGCCCCUCCACUUCCACCAGAGGACCUGGAACCCCCUGUGGACAAAAUGGAUGUUAGAAAAAAGGAGAUCAAGGAAGAGUCGAUUCAAGAAAACCGCCAGCCAGACAGUGGGGGGAAGCGUGGUAAGGCCCAGAGACGGAGACGCCAGUCGCGUGUGGGGUCGACCAGCGGAGGCCACACACCCGGCUACAUGCAGGUAAGACAGACAGAUCCUGUGCAUUCCAUGCCGUUCAGACCAGACCCACCAAUGUACCAGCCACCGGGGGCUAACGGACCACCCCCACAGUGGUAUCCCCCACAACAGCAGCCACCUGGCUACUUCCCUCAACAACAGAUGCCCCAAGAAAACUUGGUGCCUUCUGAUGCGUUCAUAGAGCCAUCCAGUGGUCCCACGUUUGGUAAUCAGAUCAACUCGCAGUCGAAGGCCGCCCUGAGUACGAUGCUGCGGGCCCGUCAACCGACGACCCAGAGCUACAUGCCUAACAACCCUCAACAGUCAAUGAAUAUGCAGAUGCUGCAUCAGGUAAAGUCGACCCGACAUCAGUUGAUCAGACAGCAGCUACGUGUCCAGCAGCAGCAGAACAACCAGCGGCGGUUGGUGGACAGUCAGGCCAUGUAUGGUAAUCAACAGAUGCAGGGCAACCAACAACCCAUGCCACCCAUGCAGGGCAUUCCCAUGGAGACAAACAAUGGCAUGAAUCAAGGUUACCCGGGACAGAACUACAACAUGCAGGGUGGAUCAAUGAUGGACCCUCACAGCGGGAUGAUGUCGCCAACGUUUCAGCAGGGCUAUCAGGGUCAGAACAUGCCAGGGCCUCCGAUACAGCCGGGCAGUCAGAACUACAUGCAACAAGGACCCCAGGGACCUGGAGGACCACCUCAGUACCCACCGCAUUUCAAUCAAAACAACAUGCAGGCUCCCCAACAGCCUGUGCCAGUGCCCCGCGGCCAAGGACCAGGACCCGGGGGCCCUAUUGGUAUAUCUGGGUACAAUCAGAUCGGGCCUGGACCGCACCCCGGGGGACCUCGCGGUGCCGCCUACAUGCAGAAUCUCCCGACUCCUCAACAACAACAACAAUCGAGGAUGCGCCAGAUGCAGCAGCAGCGGAUGAUGGCUCUGCAACAACAACAAAAACAACAGAUGCAGACGGAGCAGCAGCAGCAGACGGCUGCGUUGGUUGCUCAGCUGCAGAGACAAUUAUCGAGUGCUGGCCAGCCUCCUGGGCCGCAGCCAUCACAGUACAAAUACCCUCCACAGCAGUACUAAUAGCAGGACAGUUGAUCCUCUUCAUCAAGGACUCUCUUCAGACACACAAAUGUUAUCCUCAGAAGAGAGCUGUCCUGAUUUCAGAGAUCAAAAUUGACUGUUGAGUGUUGCUGGGUAUUGGGUGUUCUACUAUGAAAUUAAUGUAAUAAUUUAUUAGUGUUUCUGAGGUAAAAGUUGCAAAGCAACUGAAUGCUGUUGCUCGGGUACUUUUGAAAGUCUUUCAUUUGAAUCGAUUAGACAUUCCCUGAUUUGAAAUUCUGUGUUGCUGAUUGUAAGGAAAUGAACUUUCUAACCGUGUUGGUGACUUGAUGUGAAGAGUAGGCCAUGGCUUGAUGGCCUGGGGUAGAAGGUGGAUGUUGUCAGUGCAAAAGUGUAUAAAUCUAAUGAUCUUUGAUGUGAUACUCAAACAAUUUUAGAGUUUAAGAACAACAUUAUAGUUUGGGGAUGGGGGGGGGGGGGGGAUAUGCCUGAGCACUGAAAUUCCCGCAUAUAUCAUAGAAAAUGUGUCCAUUGUCAAAUUAUAUUCAAUAAGUGUGCUUCCAAUUUGUUGUCAACACUGUUUUAUUUUGUUUAUGAACUUAUAUUUGACGGCCAGUAUUUUGUUUUCCGUAUGAAAUAUCAGAGGUGUGGUUGGGUGGGAGAAGUGUUCAGAUGCAGAAACCUCUUUAUCUGUUAUAGCUGUUUGAGAAAAUAAGAUCAUGUUUUCUCAUUCAAUCACAAUGGUUGAGGGUGUUUAUUUUCAAAUUGACAGCUCUUCCGUUGAACAAUACCAUGGUAUGAUUAGUCGAAAUAUUCGAUUUAGCGAGUGGAGCUUUUUGCAUCUGAACUCUUUAGUUGCUAUGGUGAUAUCGUAAAAGGUCGGAUGCAUUUAAAAUGCAGGGAGACAAUCUUGGUUCAUUUUUAUGAACUUUGAAUGCAGAACCUGGUGAGAAACCGAAUGGGGAGGAGGAGAGGGGGCUUUCAUAUUCAGGCAAAGAGAGCGUCGCCAGUCAGAGCUCAAAGUGGUGUACUGCCGAACUCUUGGGACUUGAAUAUUGCAAGCCUGAUGUGGAUUGCUUUGUGGGCAAUCUUGGUGAGCAUCAUUUUAGAUGGGUAGGUUGGAUUAGGGCCAACCAACUUUAUCCCGAGGUCACCCGGAUGAUGACGGCGUUCAUUUUGAUUUACGAGUGACUGUGUGGUAUUGUGUAAAUUUUGAUGUUCGCUCCUAUUUCCCUCAACCGACAUGUAAUUUAUUGAAAAUAUUUUACCAAAAAAUAUUGAUAUUGUUUUGAUUUAUAGUAUUUGGUGGACAUUUUGGAUCAGUAUUGUGAAUUAUAACUUCUGUAGUGAUUUUAGUAAUGUAAAAUUGAAUUACUUUAAGUGAUUUUUGCGUGCUUUUAUUGAUAAAUUUGAUAUGCUUGAUGAAAAGGGAUCAUGAACAUUCAUGUUGUUGUAGUGUUUCAACUUCAUGUAGAAGUUUGAAAAGGCAGGGCAGAAAAGGGCACGGUCUAAAAAGGCUGGUUGAGGCUCCUGCUUCAAAUGGAAAUGCAUUGGCCACUUGUGAAAAAAGGCAGGGCAAAAAGAGAAAAUUUUAAAAAUGCAGGGUGCUGCGCCCUGCUUGAACUUGAGCUGAAUCUAUGUUGGAAUUGAAUGGGUUAUGACUCUGGUUGAUGGGAGAUAGGGCAGCAGGCAUCGGUGGGGGUGGGUGGUAGAGGUGGUAUCAGCUGUUGUGCAGCAGUCACUAGUGAGG